UUGCGCUUCGUAUGACAAAACUAGUUUAGGUGUUGAAAGUUUGCUUCAGAUAGUUACGAGUUGUGAAAAAUUUAAAGCAAUGUUGUUCCGACCGAGUGCUGAAAUUGUUCUCUUACUUAGCAUUACAUUAUUAAGCUGUAAAUCGGUGCAAUGUAGACCACAGGAAAAUGACGCGCAGCGAAGGGAAAGUAAUGAUUUGACGAAAGAAACUCAGAUAGGAGAAUCAAAGGUCUACGGUUUAAUCCACGAUGACUCCGAAGGCAAAGACGCAAAACAAGAAAAAGAAGAUUUUGACUCAAAAGUUCUCUCCGUCUUCGAAAAUGUCCAGCAAAAGAUCAUCAACGCCUGGAACCCUGGAGCCGUUAUCGAUAAAACGAAACCGGAGGACUGGGAACGGAACCCAAUUGAGGACUACGAAGCGCUUCGGUCGGGUAUCGUCGGUGUGGUUGAUUUUAUAGCCAAACAAAUUAAUGCUGUACUUGAUACCCCAAGGAAAGUGACGAAAAAGGUUAACAAAUCAAUCACAAGAACUCUUAAUGAUAUUGGCAACAAACUAGUCGGAUUGGAGUAACAAUACAGACGAGAGUGUACCUACUUUUAUUACAAC